AAUGUCACCGAUUUGAUUUGUUUGUUUUUUUCCAUUAAAUUAUUGUUGAAGAAAUGUUAUCUUUUCUUUUAUUUUCAACAAUUUUAUUCAUUUCAUGGUUUAUUCUUAAACAUCGAAUCAAAAGAAUCGAUAUAGAUCAUAAUGUAUUAUUAAUUACUGCACAUCCCGAUGAUGAACUAAUGUUUUUUGGACCAACAUUAUUAAAUGAAUUACGUUCAAGAAUUGAAAAUUAUUAUUCUUUAAAUAACAUUGAUGAUAAAAAACAUUCAAAAAUUCAUUUAUUAUGUCUUUGUACGGGUAAUUAUUAUGGUGAUGGUGAAAAACGUAAACAAGAAUUAGAUGAUGCAAUGAAUGAAUUAUUUCGUUCAACAUUCGAUAAUUCUGUUGUGAAAAAUUCUCAGGAAAAAUGUUCAAAAGAUUUACUUAAUGAAUUAUUUACAUGGGAAAUUCGUGAUGACCCUGAAUUAAUUGAUUCACCUGUUGCCGAAUGGCAACCAUAUUAUAUAAUGAAAAUUAUUCAAAAAUAUUGUCAACAAAAUUCAAUAACAAAAAUCAUAACAUUUGAUCAAUAUGGUAUUAGUGGUCAUUCAAAUCAUAUUGCUAUUUAUGAAGCUGUUAUUAAAUUAUUCAAUUGCAAUAAUGAUUUAAAUUUGGAAAUUUAUUUUCUUAAAUCUAUAUCAAUCAUACGUAAAUAUUUAGCUUUAUUUGAUAUAAUUUGUACAUUGAUAUCAUCAUUAAUCAAUAAUAAUUGGAAUGUUUAUCUCAUAUCAUCAUUAAAAGAUUAUCUAAUUAUUGUUUAUUCAUUACGUAAACAUUAUAGUCAAAUGGUUUGGUUUCGUCGGUUAUUCUAUUCAUCAACAUCACGUUUUCUAUUUAUCAAUUCAUAUCGAUCAUAUCGGAUUAAAUCCAAAUGAUGAUAAAAAUUAUAAAGAUUUUUAUUUUU